AUGGCAAACGGUUGUGAAUUUGAAUUUAUGGAAUACAUGGAUGAGCAGUCCAUUGAUCCAAAUUUAAUAUGCAGCAUUUGUCAUAAACCUCUUAAGGAUCCAGUUUGUACAUCAUGUGAUCAUACAUAUGGUCGUGCAUGCAUCACACGAUGGCUCAAUCAGAAUGACAUUGGUUCAUGUCCUAUGUGCCUUAAAAAGCCCUUGUCGAUUAAUGAACUCACUCAAGCUAGUCGUCCCUUACGUAAUAUGCUUGAUCAACUUCGAGUUCAGUGCCUAUUAUGUACACAAACUGGUUUACAACGUGGAAACUUUGUUGAUCAUAUGAACAAGGUUUGUCCAAAAUCUGUGAUUCAAUGUCAAGCUGCUGACAUCAAAUGUCCUUGGAAAGGACCACGUGAUGAAUUACAGAAUCAUAUGAUAGCAUGUGUUUUUGAACCAUUGCGACCAGUAUUAUCUACACUAAUUGCUGAAAACCGACAACUUAUCGAUCAAGUUCAAAAACAUGAUAAUGAAAUCAAGGCACUAGCACAAAAGAUGUAUCAGUUACAAAAGAGUAAACAUAUUCCACAAUGGAAUACACGUCUUCAAGUAAAUAUAUCAUAUGCAACGAGAAAGAAUUUAAGCGAUUGUGGAAAAGCCAAUAAUCGUAAAUAG